UACACAGUAGUAUGCGUUAGGUUUGUUUGUGGAUAGAACCACGCCUCCUCCAUGCUCCAAUCAAUCUGUGGAGUUCAAUAAUGAACUGGAUCAAGAUCAACGAGAGUUGCAGAAGUGAAUUUAAUCAACUGGACCGAUUUUCGCUAUUGCCCCAUCCUCGACCUUAUCAAUCUCAUACUUGAAAAUUUUGAUCCCUCCCGCAUUCCAAAGUCUGAAUUCUUGGUGUUUCUCUGCUUUCGUAACUGCUGAAACGAGUUGCAGGCUUUUUUCUGUUGUCAAGUUUCCUGGUAGGAUAGGAAUGGAGUCCGGAACUCGACCUUCUGCCGGUGUGUUGUCUGGUAAAGUCGUCGCUAUUGCUGCCGGUGAAGCUCACACUCUCGCUCUCACAGGAGAUGGGAGUCUGUACUCAUGGGGAAGAGGAAUGUUUGGGCGGCUUGGGACAGGGACAGAAGCGGACGAGCUUUACCCUGUACGAGUUAAACUUGGUUCGGAGGAAGAGAAUCUCAAAAUUGUGGGAAUUGCUGCUGGUUCUUAUCAUAGCCUCGCUCUUGCUGAUGAUGGUUCAGUUUGGUGCUGGGGUUACAACAUCUAUGGGCAACUUGGUUUCGAUGGAGGGAAUUCCGCUACUCCCUGCUUGCUGAAGCAGUUCCUUGAUUUGGAAUAUCCAGAUUCUUUGAUAGACGAGUCAAGGUCAAAGAGUAAGGGGUCACUAAAGAUUUGCCACAUCAAAGCCGGGGGAUUGAUUUCUUUUGCAAUUGACAAUCUUGGAGCCCUCUGGAUGUGGGGUAAUUGUCCAAAACCAGACAGUGAGAAUGAACUCGGCUUUUCUUUUGUUAGCACCUUCACUCCCUCUCCAGUGUGGGAGUUUCGUGGCCAUAGUGUUGUUAAGGUUGCUUGUGGGAAUGAGCAUGUCGUGGCCCUGGUUAGUGUUGGGGAAACCUACAAUAAAGGUGAAGAUCUAGUUUGCUACUCUUGGGGAAAUAAUUCUCACGGUCAAUUAGGCCUGGGAGAUAGAGAUGGCAGGCCACGUCCUCAAAUUAUCGAGACAUUUAACGAGGCAUCCCCUUGGGCAGUAUAUGAGGUAGCAUGCGGGGCAUUCCAUACUGCUUUACUUAGCCGUGGAAAGAGACAAAGUGACACCUUAGAAAGUGUAUGUUGGACAUUUGGUAUUGGGGCAAAUGGGCAGCUGGGGCAUGGAACCACCCAAAAUGAAUUGCUUCCUAAGCCUGUUAAAGACCUGCCGCAGUCUGUAUCUCUGAUCUCAGUUGACUGUGGUCUAUUUCAUACGAGUGUUGUUUCAUCAGCUGGAGAUGUGUGGUCGUGGGGAAUGGAAAGGGGACUUGGCCUUUGUCCAGAUGCUAGUUUUUCUGGAACUGACACAGGCGAUGCUAUUUCUCCCCUAUCCAUCUUUUGUACUGGGUCUCAUUCACCAAAAUUUUUGGAUCCUGUUCAGGUUGCUUGUGGGGCUGCUCAUACUGUUCUUGUUGCACAUAAUGGAUAUAAACUGUGGGCAUGGGGAAGAGGAAGAAGCGGGGUUCUAGGAAAUGGUAAAACAGUCGAUAGUUUAACUCCCACGAUUGUGCUGUGGCCUCCACCUAACGAGGAUUUCAAUCAAGAGGAAACAGAAACCAAAAGAGAGGAAGAUAAAGUUGAAGAAAACAGUAGUACUGAGGAAGUAAGCGAAGCAAACACAAAAUUGUCUAUGGCAAUGGAGGAGAUCAAACUUCUUCUAGAGAAACUAUCCAUCAUGGAGCGGUAUGCAAGCAUUCUUCAUGGCUCAAUAUUUGGAAAGCCUUUCCAUGAGGGAGAUAUCCCACUCUCGUUGCGGAAUUCUGGUACUUUUGACAUUGCCAAGGAAUGGGAAUACAUGUUGGAGUCAACAGAUCGGCCGAGUCUUUUAAGGUUGGAGGCGGUCUACCGAAACAUGCUGGAAAGUAUUAGAGACAAGAUAAUGAAAAAAAGGGUGCAGGAGCUUGUGAAUGAGUUCCUUCAAUCUUCAAUGUCAGGAAAUUAGUGUUGUGAGCUGAGAAGUGAGAAGGAACUAAAAAUAUCAUUAAUUAUGGAAACAGCCAAACAUCUCUCAAGUUAUUCUGCUUUCAGGUUAGUUUCUGUGUAAACCUGGAAAUGUUUGCCCCUCGUUAGCUUUAGCUGCUUGUGUAGUUCUCUAGAAGUGCGUUGAGAUGUACUAGUCGAAACGUGUCGAGUUUUUUAAGCUAUACGAUCGAUAUACAUGUACAUUUUGGCUUGUGUCUGAGACGAUUGAAGUGGUGGAUGUAAAAUUAUGUCAUUUUGAAGAUGUGAUUACAUGGAGAUAUUUGAAGUUGGUUCUACUAAAUACUACCAAACUAUAGUUGCAAUGAAA